UUAUAGAUUCUAACUUUUCAAAGCUUUCUUUGCCCUGUUUCGUUGAUGUGGAAGCUGGAACAGCUUACGGAAUGAAAGUUCUCAUUGUAACACCAACUUCAAAGACAACAAGUUACUUUUUGUGUCCACAGCCCCCUUCUCCUGGUAGUAAUAUUCUCACUGUUAAAGACAGCAAGAUUGGCAUAAAAGGUGACGUGAAUGUUAGCUGGAAAGUUUACAGGUGUAGCAAGUCUGAUCAGAUUUAUAUUUAUCCAGUCAAUGGUAAAUCACAUGUAUCAAGCUCACUCAGUAAUAAGAACAAGGCACUGGAGGGUGAAGGAAAAUUGAAGGGCCCUGAUAAACCUGGUGAAUAUGAGGUUCGUUAUUAUCCAGCAUGGCUCAAAGGUUCAAGCACUGGUCAUCGUCAUGAUAGCUACAUUGCAAGUGCUAGAUUUACUGUUGCUGUCUAAACUAGUAAUAGUAUAAGUUUAUUAGAUUUUAUAAUUUGUUUAACUGCUGCUUUAAAAACUAUUUUUAUAAAAAUUUUUGUAACUACCUAAGAUUUGUUACUUAAUUGCUGCUUUAAAAACUAUUUUUAUAAAAAUUUUUGUAGCUACCUAAGACUAAACUACA